UUUGGCUCUGAACAACCCGGCCCAGGAGCUACGCUUUUAGGCUGGCCUAAAUCUAUAUAUUAGCGAUGUUUUGUUCCCAAAUAUCUGGCGGUGAAAGAAACGUUUCUUUGGGAUGCUUUUGGAAUGCCGUGGAAUAUCCUGCGACGUUCUUUUGUAACUGCAUUUUCGUGUUGAUGUAUAAUCCAACACGGACCGCUGUCUCGGGGUACAGUGUAUUGUACUGAUCCUUGUCAAUGUUAGAUUCAGGCUUUGUGAAAAGAUUACCCCGUUAGCUCCUCAAAAGUGGUUUAUUCUCAGAGGUUUCAUUAACAUUUUUAGCAGGAGGGCAACUGGUUUUCACAGGCGGACAAAACUUUUUGAACUGAACUUCUUUAUAAAGAGAACUUUCCUGUAGAUGGUCAAACCAGGCGGGCAAAAUCAUCUUCCCAGCCGGUUUAUUUCCCCAUUGCCUGGCCGUUAAUGAAACGUCUAUUUAUUCUUCUAUUAGCGUACUUAGGUCGAUCUUAUUUAUCUCGUUAUUCGACAGCUGGUCGUUAUAACUGUGUGUCUAAAGGCAGGAAUGGAACUGGACACCUGGAACUGGCUGUGUCAUGUGGCCAUAUGGGGCAGCAUCGCUAGCUGGUUCAUAUUCCUGUUGAUCUACUGUAUUCCUGGCUUGGCGCUUUACAUCGCUCCUGACAUGAUAGGCCAGGACCGCAUGUUGUACUCUUGUUUCGUGUUUUGGAUUUCGCUCUUCAUCAUACCAUUUAUUACUCUUCUGGUGGACUUGCUGUACAAAGUGUUCCGAAGAACGUUUUAUAAAACGCUGAAGGAGGAAAUCCAGGAGGUGGAAGCUGCGCAUGGAGAUCCAAGUCGUUUGAUUAUGUCAGACCACGCUCUUCACACGAGAAUUUGGUCUCGAGUCGAAGCGUUUGAAGACAGAAAAGAUCGUGGUGCCUCUGCACUUGGGUUUGCGUUUUCUCAGGAAGAAGACGCCCGAGUGGGACAGGCGGAGCUGAUUCGUCGUUAUGACACAACUCUCAAGAAACCUCGAGGAGAUUAGGACAGUGGACGUGCCUCAGCGUUUUGAGUUGUAAAAAGUUAUUUUAGUGUUAUUAUUUUUCAUAAGAAAGUUUAUAUAUUAUUUAAAGAAUUAGUCCUACUUGUUGCAGUUCAAGAAAAACUGACAUUCUUUUGAAUGAACAGCAAAAUAAUAAUUUAAAAUUUGAAUUAUAAAUUGAGAAGCUCUCUCCUUUUUUCAUAAACUCAUUAGAUGUUUUGUCGGGCAACAAGUUUCUUUUUGGUCGAAAUCCUUGCCGCUAGAUUCGCGAAUCCCGAUGUUUUUGGCGAAUAUGUUACUGGUUAACGAAGUGUUUCACAAAGACCUUAAUGUGACCAAAGCGAUCUCAUGCACAACAAUGCCGCUUCCAGUUUCCACUAGCUUCGAUUGUGUGGGUUUGACAGGCUAGUGUUAAUAGAAACGUGAAUCAACCAAUACAAUUACAAGCCAAACUAAGGUCGGCAAAACUGAUUAAUAGCAAUAAUUAAAUCUGCAAUAAAAUCGCCCAUCUAAAUUAGCCGUUCAAUUGUUUUGAGACUUGCUAAUAAAUGAUUUACUUAUGGAUAGAGGAGGGACUGGACACUUGUGCGUGUGACCGCUGCGUCACAUGACAGCUUUCGGAGCGUUCGAGUGCCAUCUGUGACUGGACAAAAACAGUCGGGCACGUUUGGAUACUUCAAGGAGGAUUUGACGAAAAAGACGCUUGUUGCUUGACUAGGUUAUAAUAGUGGGAAUAAUAAGUAACGUUAUAUUUUGUUGAAUCACGCACUGUCGUAACUAUUUUGAGUUUCCUCACGCAUUCACGCACGUUACUUCACAACGGUUCAUUCAACUGGCUUUUUUCCAGUUUCCUUUCAAAUUAACCAAGUAUGGAGAAACCUGCUCUCCAACAUCCAUUUAUGUUAAUGUUAAAUGGUUUUUGACCUUGUUAAUUUAUGAAGGUUUUGUACCUAGUAGUUUCUGUAUAUUUUGUUUAGAGAAGCGUUCGCCUCGACGUUGGCACUCGGCGAAAGUUGUUGACAUCUUUUUGACAUCGUCUAGACCAGAAGGCGGAGUUGUUUGUUUUAUGAUUGGCUGAGAAGUUUGGAAAACCAACGAAAAGUCAAAUCUUCUGCGUGUCGGGACGAAAACGUAACGCAAGUUUAUUUUUUUGUCAUAAAAGUACAAUUUUCUGAUGUUUUUUCUACUUAUUCCGAAGUAUUUUAGUUAUAUGUAAGACUACAAUGAAUGGUCAGUCGAGUUAACAUGCCUUAGAAAUCUUAAGGAAAUUACCAACAUUUAUUCUAAAAACUUAUUAUAUCGACUUUCGGAAACCAUGUAGAAAGUUAUAAUUUACUCUUCUGGAUAUUUUACAAAUCGGAAAUUUAGUAAUCAGAGAAUACUACAAAACAUUCUGGUUACGUUAGAUUCUACAUUACACUGUUUAUAUAAUUUUGUAAUGACCAUCUUUACAUGAACCACAUAAGAUCACGUCUUUCAUCUAGAAUUCGUAUUCACCCUCUAAUUGUUUGUAAAUUGUGUUUUUGUGCAACUGAUAACAUUUCUGUUGUUGUCAAUGAUGUAUUGCAGAGGUACGAAUAUAAUAAUGCUAUAUCUAUUUAUUAUUAGCCAAUAGUUAAAGUUAAAAAAAAGAAAGAAUUGUUGUGAGUUGUUAUAACCCAAGUUGAAAUAGAUUGGACUAUGUGAACAAUAAAGUGAAGUGUUAAUGCAUGCGGGGUUUUGUGGUCAGGAUUCUUCAGAGUGGCAGAUCAACCCAAAUAAAACGGAUACAAAAUAAAGCUUGCAGUUCAGAAA